CGCCGCUAUGAACGAGGCGGUGGUGCGGCGGACGCAGGAUUCCUUGGGGCGAGUGAUCCGCAAGCCGCCGCUGAGGGACCGGCUGCUGAGUAAGCCGCCCUUCCGCUACCUGCACGACGUGAUCCCCGAGGUAAUUAGAGUGACAGGUUUUAUGAAAGGACUUUACACGGAUUUUGAAUUGAAAUCAGAUAACGUUAAGGAAGAAGCUAAACAAAUUCCCGUGGAUCAAUUAGGGCAGAAAUUAUUGGAGAAAAAAGGGGUGUCCUGGAAUAAGAAAUACCAAAAACAGUAUGGAGCAUUACGAAAGUAUUUGCAGAAUCAUCCUCAGAUAUUUCAGUUCAGUCCUGAUGAAAAUAAGGUUGGUCUGAAGGCAAAACACAAGCUCCCGUUUAAGUCCGAUUCUCGAGGACGAGAUCUCCAAAGCCCUCCUCAGAAGAACGAGGUCCAGUGGAAUUCAGAAAAAGAACCUGCAAGGCUAAGGGACGGUUCUGCUGGUUGCCAUUGGUUUGAUCUGAAUGAUUCCAAAGUCCAGCCGAUCAAGGAGAAGGAUAUUGAGAAACAAUUUCAGGGUAAAGAGAGUGCCUACAUGCUGUUUUAUCGAAAAUCUCAGUUAAAAAGACCGCAUGAAGCGCAAGGAAAUCCAAGGUACCAAAUUCCUGAACACCUUCUGAAUGAAAUGAAUGCUGCUAAUACUGAGCUGCAAAAAAAGAGAGCGGAAUGUGACUCGGCAAACAACGGCAUUGAUUUACAUCUCCAUUUGAGCUCCUGUUAUAAAUUUCACCAUGGGGCUUUGCAUCCUUCACGUACUUGGAAAGAGAGUGUUGUGGAUUUGACUAUUGAUAGAAGAAAAACGCUCGGAGAGCUUCGACAAUCGAAAAUUAGGGUUCUACCAGAACAUAACCCAACGUUCCACGAUGUUGACAUCAAAAUGCAGAGGCACUCAUAG